GCUCCAACGCUACCCGAUGUUAUCUUCAGAGUCUCUCUAUUGUGUGAUAUAACUACAACUCUUCAUUCUCUCCUGAUCAAGACGCCAAAAUGAACCAGGGAGAGUAUCGGCUCGUCUUCCAGGCCCACAGUGUGGCAUCAGGUGAGCUACGAGGGGAGUUACUCCUUUUUUCCAAUUCGGCGAUAUCUGCAAACCCAAUAAAUCAGGCGCCUCGUUCGCUCAGCCUACUUUCUAUCGAGGACGAAGAAGACGUGAGAUGGUCGUUAGAAGACUACAUAUACGAUCCAUUUAUGUCCGGCCGGUCCAUGAAUGCUUCGGUAAUCUUAAAUAGUCACUGUGAGCAACUCAAGCAGGGCCUGAAGAUUGAGCAGAUGCUCAAUGAAAGCGGAGUUUGCUUGCAAGGAGAGCAGUGGAUUCCAUUAGAUAUCCAGGAUUGCGAUACAGAUAUAGCCCAGCAGGAUGAACAUCAUGUGUAUCCGCACUGGGAACUAUUAGAACGAAAACCAGUCUUUGCCAAUGGCCCGUCUCUUGCAGUGCGGCAUGUCUCAUCUCCCGCUUCUAGACAAUCCGCUAUGAGCAUCGAGACGGCCGACUCUUUCAAUAUCUUACUAGUGACAUCCAGGAAGAAGAAAAAGAGCGUUGACAUCCAGCCGCGGCUGAUAUCGAUGCCCCUCUAUUCCCUUGUCAGCGGCAUCCCGGGGUCGCGCGUCUGGAUUGACAUCAUGCGACCGGAUACGUUUGAGUCAUUUAAACAAUAUCUCGCGCAAAAGAAGUACAACCUCGUGCACUUCGAUUUACACGGCAAUGUUGAUAGCCGAACCGGUGACAGUGUCCUCAUAUUUGCCGGUAUUCCCAUCCGCGGUAGCACAGUUGCCGAGGAGCUGAAGCGCGUGGGAAUCAAGUUUGUGGUCCUCAAUGCCUGCCGUAGUGCUCACCCGAGCCAAGAUCGGCAUACCAAUGCUAAUUUGGCCAAGACUUUGGUGCAAAGUGGUGUUGGCACUGUCAUUGGCAUGGUAUACUCCAUUACGCCAGAGGCAGUGAUAGAAUUUCUCAAUCACUUCUACAAGAGUUUGCUGCUUGAAGGCCGAGACGUGCUCUACUCCAUCAGAUCUGGCCGGGCAGCUUUGCGGACCAAGCAGAUCAGAAAAGUCAAGUUCGGGUGGAGAGUGCCCAUCGAAGACCACAUACUACCUGUCUUGUAUCAAUCAGAUCCUACAGAUGUCCGACUCAGAUUUGCCGACACCUUAAACCACGUGAAGGUAAACAACGCGUUAGCACAGCCACCAGCUCUUGAAUGGAGGGACUAUGACGUCCACGCCAUAGAGAAGCUGCUGUCCAAGAGCCACACAGUCUGUCUUUCUGGUUCCCCUGGCGUGGGAAAGGCGACGCUUGUGAGACACUUGAGGUGGUGGUGGCAAGCGACCAGCUUCAUCUCAAAGUCCAUCGCCCUAGAUUUCUUUGACUGUAGCCCGUCAGACUUGUCACAAUCUGGGUUCGUGCGAGACAAGCUUUCCUCCCAGCUCUGUGAGCUUAACUCUUCACUCUUUCCCGAGGUUGUUAGAGACGACACUUCUCUUUGCAGGCUUCUAGAAGGUCAAAACUGCCUUGUCUUGCUGGAGAAUAUUGACUGGAUCAGGCGCCAUGAUACCAACACGGAAGUAAUCGAACAGGAAAUCAACACGCUUCUGUCCUCGUUGAAGGACCUCUCGCCCCCCUGCCUCGUGCUAAUUUCGACAUCGUCACUCCAACUCAGCUGGCUUGACCGCGCCCCAGAUCGCUAUGAGCUCGGGCCCCUUGAUCCGUAUUCUGCAACGCAGUUGGCAGCCAAGAUGAUCGGUUGGGACGACAGCAGCGAGAAUGCACCAACCGGAGAAUCCAGGUGGCUAGAACGUGUGUUGCAAACAAUCUCGUUUCAUCCCGCAGCCAUUCGCUCCUUGUUGCCUCCAGCAUACAAGGCAGCGGGCUCCUGUGCUGAACUCUUUCGCAGGCUGCAUAUUGGAGCUACGGAGGACGCAUGGGAACUACAGACAACGGUCCGCGUUCGACGUCAGUUUGAAUAUGCAAGCAAAACCUUGGGGCCACUAGUUUCAAUAUUCGCGGCGGUUCAACGGAAUUGCUCCCGGGGCUAUUUAAAGCAACAGCUGGCUGCUAACAAAUGCGCUUCUGAAGGAGGGCUGGAGGAGUCCAAGGGAAAGUCCAAGGUAGAUCAACUUGAGGACAUUUUGGGAGUGCUCAAAGAAUGUGGAAUCGGUCGUGAAGCAAGUCAGCAUCAAGGCGGGACAUUGGAGGCUGUGGACAUCCACCCCCUUUUCUGCCAUUAUCUUCGUCGUUUUGUUUGUACGCCAGCACAACAGGCUCUUGCCUUCUCAAACCUUGUCCUUCAUACACACAAUGUUUGUCAAGAAUUCAUCGAUCAACCACUCUUCACGCCGGCAAUGAACGAGGCGUUGCACGUCGAAUGGUUUCCCAUGAUAACCUCACUCUACUCUCUGACUCAGAAGUGCGCCGGCAUCGCCACGGUUGACCGCUGUUUCGAUCUCCCCUGGAUAUUCGCCGCCCUCAGAGUCCAUCAACGUAGUCUCUGGCAGCUCGCCGACGAAGAGGAGGUCAUCGCUGACAUCACUCUGCGAGGUCUGCGGUGCGUGCUCCCAGAGCUGAAGCUUUCUAGCAAUUAUGCUUGGAAAAUCCAAGCGAGAAUAUACCUCACGAAUAGACUACAGAGACUCUCACAGCCAGACAACUGGUUGGUGUUACUGAUGCUGCAGUGGCUCGUGGUGUAUUGGUACGACUUGAGCCGACACGUUGCGAGAACUUUCAACGGCUACAUGAUGCAACUUCUUGAUACCGUCAGCGUGGUUAAUAACGGUCAAGGGGGGUCUUUUCAUGGCCUUGAAGGCUUUUUUAAAUGCAUUGGGUACUUGUUUGCAACUGAACUAGGCGUCAUGGAUGACACCUGGCAUCUUGAAGAAUACUUGCCAAUCUGGCGAGCCCUCCAAAUGAGCGACAUCUUUCCUGAUCAUUUACACCAAAGGUUUCUUCAGACUUGGGAUCAGGACCUUCGCUUUAGGCUCAACCACCUUCAGGCCAGUUUAGAUGUCCGAAUCCAGGAGUUACUGCCGGGUAAAAUUGAUCGCCUAGGCGCCGUUGGCCAGAUCAGCGAAGAGAGAUCCCAGGCACUGGAUGAUGAUUGCAACAUGAUUGAAGUAGUGCAAAGACCUGCACAAUUUGAGAACAAAGUCGCGCACUUCCACGCCGCGUUACAGAAGGCUUCAGUGAGACACGACACGCGACGGAUUCGACACCUACUCAAGUGCCUUAUUAGGGUAUCGCUUCUAAGUUUGAAACAAGUCUUGGUCAAAAAGAAGAUUCUGCUAACAUGUCGCAAGAUCCUAAAUAGCUACGGUGAUUCGGUCGGGACCUUGCACGUCCUGAAGCGCCUGGCAGCCACACAGGAUGAGCUUGAAAACAUGCCCGGGUACGUUGAAUCUCAGUUUGCCGAAAACGAAUUCGAAAGAUGGACACUCAGUAUCCAAAUGGACUGCACAGAGAGGCUCAGAUGGAGCGGUGCAAACGAUACAGCAAGACGGCAACGGGCGGCGAUGGGCCGACUGCUGGAAGUCCGCGAAGCCAACUGGACUACAGAGGAUAUGCAGGCCGAAGAGCGGCAGCAGAAGAGAGCCAUUUUACGAGAACGAUUGGAAAAGUUUCAGGAUGGGAAAGCGCUUCGUGACGCCGGCGGAUUCUAUGACAUUCGGUCCAUGGCCGGCAAAUCCAUUAGCCCGGAUGAGUUGGCGUCAUGGCCAGAAUAUCAAAGAGUGGCCUUCGAAGGCCUCGAUCCCUCGAGACUCAAGGGCCUCAAGCGGAUACUGCCGUCGAAACCCCAGCCGCCGAGUGACUUGUAUCUCUCAAGACCUUUUGCUGUAGUUGCUCAGUGGUUGUCAGCUGCUUGGUACCUCGAUAUGGCAGCUGGUAAUGGCGCUGGAGGUGGUGGAAAGCAGCCCCAUACGCCAUCGGUCAAGUUUGAGCGCAGAAGCACUCCACUUGAUGUCUAUCUCCUGGCAGAGCAUCUGAGACAUGCCCAACCAGUCGAUCUAGCUCGUCCGUCCACAAGCCCAUGGGAGUUUCCCGCUAUCGCGCCUGAUUGGUACCAGUCGAAUCUAGAGCCCGAGACGGAAGUGGCCAGGGCAGUAGAAGCGUGGUAUGAAGAUAUUCGCAAGUGUGAUGAGAUGAGACAGGAGGUCAAUGAUGCUCGGGAGGAAUAUAUUCGCCAAAGAGACAAUCAAAUGAAGUCUUAG